AUGCUUAGUUCAAAUGCAUCCGCUGCUAAUUUUAUUGUUAGAAAACCUAAAAAUCCAUUAACUAAUUCUGUCCAAAAUCUAAAAAUAGAAAAAGAACCUAUUUAAAAUGAUAAAAUAAUUAUGACUCCCUCUGUAGCCAAGUUUGCAGGAUACGAAAUAAAUAAACUUAAUAUUGUUAGAAUCAAAUUAUAAAAUAAAACAGUUGAUCCAGUUAGAAUACAUGUUCUACCCUUCAACAAUUAAUUUUUUUAAACAAAAAUUAACAAAAGAGGAUUACUACUUCCUCGAUCAUCUGAUGAUUUAUUUAUAUAUUUUAGGCCUACUUAAUAUAAAAUUUAUUAUGAUGAAGCAAGAAUCAACAUAGAUUAAGAUAUUGUUAUACUUCCUAUUCAUGCUUAUCCUGUCAUAGAUAGGGAUAAUAUUUAAGAAAUAUUUCCUCGUGUAAUUAACUUUGGAAAAGUCUAUUUGAAUGAAAAAGAAAUUUAGAGAAUUCCAAUCAGAUGCAAAAUACCUUUGAAUUUCUCAUUUGAGUUUUUUAUGCUUGAAUAAAACGAAUGCAUAAAUAUUUAUCCUACAAAAGGAACUAUUCCUGGAAAUGGUUAUAUUGAUAUAGAAGUUUGGUUUACACCAUAAAAAAUAGCUAAUGAAAAUAAAAUAAUUAGAGAAGAUAGAGAUGAAAAAAAUUUAAAAGAUGAAAAAGAUGAUGAUGAGUAUGUAGCAAAAUACGAGCUUAGAACCUCUUAAUUUGAUUUUGAACCUCUUAAAAUUACAGUCAAAGGAUAAUGUGUAAAAGUGGGAAGAAAUCUUAUUUACAAUAAAAAUAAUGAUAAAGAUGGGUUAAAGGAGAAUCUGCUCUCUUCAUAAAAAGAUAGAACCCCUGAAGAAUCUAUGAUUUCUGUUGGUGAAAAAGAAGAAAAAUAAUAAAAAAUUCCUAGUUUGGAUAAUCUAAGAUCUACCAAAGAAAAGGUACCACUAAUGGUCAGUACAUAGAAAUAGAAUAAUUCCAUAUUGCCUUUGUCAACAUUAAAUGAUUAGAGUUAAAUUUAAAAUCCACUUGCAAUCUCAUAGAGGAGUGAUGAUGAUGAUAACCAAUCUUUGCAUUAAAGUAGCCAUUUGUAGCUAUCUAGGACUUUGAUGCCAAAAAAUUUCUUUGAUUUAGAUGAUGGAAAGAAACAAAUGAUUAAGAGAGUUACUAACUUAUUCAAAAAGAAAUCAGACUUAUAUUCAGAUUUAUCAGAAGAUAAAAAACAUGAUGGAACCAAAAUGUUUAAAGUAAUUAUGAAAGCAAAGAUUUAAGCUGAUUCAAGCAAUCGUGCUUAAUUUGAAAAUAUUUUUCUAGAAAGGUUUUCUAGAAUCAGCAACUAAGACGAGAAAAAAUCUCUUAAAUUUUUUUCUUGCAUUGGUGAUAAAAAUAUAACUAAAGUAGAAGUGAAUUAAGUUAGAGAGUAAAGAGUUGAUUUCCUUAAUAAGAAAAGAAAUGAAUUAGAAUAAAAAGGUAUUAAGAGAUUUGAUUUAGAAUUAAAUAAAGAUGCUCCAAUCAUAGAAUAGAUUGUUCCAAACUUCGAUUGUAAAUGGGAUUUAAGUAAAAAUGAUAAAGAGAAAAGAAAAAACAUAGUACUAAAGAGGUUACUUAGUUAUGUAGCAAAGCUUAUUCUUAUGACAAGACUAAAAGAUAACUGUAAUGCCAUUUCAGAUCUUGUCAAAAACAUAAAAUAUAAAUUCAAUAAAGAGCAAUAAUCUAUUGAGAUAGAGAAAGCAAAAAAGUAAUAUCAUGAGUAAGCUAAAAUCUUAAACGAAACAUAUUAGUAAGAAAAAAAUAAAGUAAAAUUAGAAAUAGAAACAACUAAAAACUUACCAAAAGAUGCUACAAUAGAGUAGAAAGAAAGAGAUUUACAAUUUUAGUUAUUGUCAGUAGAAGGAGCUUACAGUGAAUCUCUAAAAUUGGCCAGAAUUUAAUUUGAAGAAAAAGAAAAGCAUAUAAAAUCCACUAAUUACUUGGGCAGAAAAGAACAUCGAGCUGAUUUAAAAGAGUAUGUCAGAAAAUUAGUUAUCGAAGAUUGGUAGAAAGUAGAAUACACAAAUUUCAAUAAAAAAUCAGGAGGAAAGGGAAACUUUUAAUUUGAAUUUGAAGAGCAUAACGUGGCUAGGACAUUUUAUCCUAUAUAGUAUGAAAGCUACAACACAUUUUCAAGUUUUAAAUAUGAAGUUAAUCCAAGGACAGGUUUUGAUGAUUAUGCUCCUAUAGAAAUAAUUAGUUAAUGUGAUUCUGAAGUUAUGCAAUAUAGGAAUUGGGAAGUUCCUCCUUUGAUUCAUUAUCCUCCUAUUGAAGAAUAGCGUGUCUAUCGAACAGGAGCAGAAGAAGAAUACUCAACAAAAGGAAGAAUAGGAAAUCAUGACAAAAUAGAAGAUAAAAAAGAGAAAAAUAUGCCAAAAACAUUUACAUAUAAAUUUGACAUACCACCUUAUUCUUUAUUAUUACCCCAUAGCACACUGAGAACUUAUGAUAAAAUGAUUCCAAUUACUGAAAUAGAUCCAGACUUUUAUUUAAAUCCUUCACCCUUUUCUUUACAAGAUGAGCUAGACCCGAAUGAGUCAGAAGUUACUAUAAGUGGAGAAACAAAUAUUUCUACCUAAGCAUCCACAGGUUACUAAAAUGAAGUCAUUGAACAUGACUAUCUCUCUAAGAUUCCUGGACUUAAUUCAUCACAUAUAACAAAGCACUUAUAAGUUGAGUUAUAUUCAUAUUUCAGAAAUAAAUUGUAAAUUCCUUCAGAUUGUGGUAACAUAAAGGAGGUUGAUUAUGGUUUAUCUAUUUUCAAGGGAUAACCUGACUAUGAAGAUCAUUUAAGUGAUGAUGAAGAAUAUAUAAUAGAUUCUUAAAUAAAAGCAUAAUAAAAUAAAAAUGAAAAGUAAAAAAAGAACCCUAAGGAGAAAAAUGUAGAAAAUGUUGCUUAGUUUUUAAAACAGAUAGAGGAAGAUGAUGAAGAAUUAGCUAAAUUAAAGUAAGUUUAAUAGGAAGAAAUAUUUGAUGAACUUGAAGAUACCUAAGCUAAUAUUUCUAUUGGAUUAAAAGCAGAGAAAUAUAAAUGGAUAGCGACAAUGCCUUCUAAGACCAACGAAUAUAAUAGAUUUAUUUAUAAUAAUAAAUCUAAGCUUUAUAUUUGA